UCGUCAGCCAAUUCGGACGUUUAUUCGCGUUAUCAUCGUUUUCGUUUUGUGUUUUCGUCCGCUGUUUGUUAACAACCCCCGCCGGCACUCCGCCCCGCAACCCCUUUGCGCGUGUGUUUUCAUUGUUUUGCUGAAUGAAAAGCCCCGAAUAUCCCUAUUAUUGGGUGUCCACAGUGUCGACUGUUUACGGGGUUUGCGCCGAGUCCUACAGAAUGCAUUCGCUGCAUGGACAGUUCAUGAGAAUUUGACAUUUAAGUGCGGUUUUGUUUUUGCCGCAAACUGCAGUUUUGUGUACUUUUUUGGCGUGGGCUGAGAUUGGUGGACACACCCACCCGAAAACAAAAAGUAGUCCACAACAUACAAAGUGUGUUUGUUUGUGGGCGAGUGAGAGGAAAGGGAUUCGAGCCGGUUUUCGCGAGUUAAUUGACAAAGCAAACAUAAGAAACACAGGCAAAAGCAAACCUGGGCAAACAACGAAAAGUAAACAAAGUUAUGUUGUAAACAAACUAAAAGACCCGAGAGUCGUAUUCCUGCGGAUGUGAGGGAGACCACAAUGAUGCUCAAUACUCAAUAAUUAGCAUUUAUAUCCCACGCAACCCGAAACAUGGCCAAAACCCCCUGACCCGCCCGCAAAAUAUGGCCAAAUUCCUGGCAGCCCUCGGCAUCUGCUUUUGGCUUCUCGUUUCGGCCACCGCACACAACUGUCAGCAUCAGCAUCCCAAGGCCCAUGAGGUCGUCCAUGGCGUGCGCAUCCAACUGGCUGAUAGCGAAGAUGACUCCGCCGGAGAGGCAGCCAGGCAUAGCGUGCGCCGGCGCAGCGUUGCCGCCGACCAGCCGCUGCGAAUUCUGCUCGUCUACGACGACUCCGUCUACAGGUUGGAAGAGGAGAAAUUUAAUUUGAUAAAUGACACCGUGCUCCCGGAGGCCGUACAGUUCUGGGAACAGGCACUGAUGGUGCGUGAGACCAAAGGCGUCAUUCGCCUCAAUAGGAAAUGCGACAGCACACAGGUGUACGUAAAGAAUGGCCACACCCACUGCAUCGACCACUGCAAGGCGACGACCAUGUGCGGCGAGGUCCAGGUGCCCAACGAGCACUUGGAUGUCUGUCGCGUCUGCAAUGCCACCGGCCAGAACUGUCGAGUCGAUAGUAAUACUCAGCCAGGAGAUGGAAUCGAGAACGCGGACUUUGUGUUCUACGUGUCUGCUAGACAAACCCAACGUUGCUUCAAGGGCCUGACGGUGGCCUAUGCGGCCCAUUGUCAGCAGGAGGCGGCUCUGGACCGUCCGAUCGCCGGACAUGCCAAUCUCUGCCCGGAGAGCAUUAGCACCAAGCCGCAGGAGCUGCAGACGUUGAUCUCCACCGUAAAGCACGAGAUCCUGCAUGCGCUGGGAUUCUCCGUAAGUCUGUACGCAUUCUUCAGGGACGACGAAGGGAAACCCCGGACUCCGCGAAAGUUGGAUACUGGCAAGCCGUACCUGAAUGAAAAAUUGCAGAUCCAUCAGUGGAGCAACGAGACCAUCCGCAAGGUGGUGCGAGAGAACUGGUCUGUGCGUGGUGGCCAUGUCAAAAAGGUUUUGGACAUGAUGGUCACUCCGCGCGUAACUGCGGAGGUCCGCGCCCACUUCAACUGCAAUAAGCUGGAGGGCGCCGAGCUGGAGGAUCAGGGCGGCGAGGGCACCGCCCUGACCCACUGGGAAAAACGCAUUCUCGAAAACGAGGCCAUGACUGGCACGCACACACAGUCGCCAGUCUUCUCGCGCAUCACACUUGCCCUGAUGGAGGACUCCGGCUGGUAUCGAGCCAACUACUCCAUGGCCACGCCUCUCACUUGGGGAAAGGGGCUGGGAUGUGCGUUUGCCAUGCGCAGCUGCAAAGAUUGGAUUCAGUUGAACCAUGCCAGGGGUCGCUCCAUACAUCCAUUCUGCUCGAAGGUCAAGCAGGAUCCACUUCAAACCGAGUGCACGGACGAUCGCAACUCGGUGGCGUUGUGCAAUCUCAUCCGACACGAUUUCGAGCUGCCCAAGAGCUAUCAAAACUUCGACAGCCUGAACCAUGUAAAGGAUGGGGAAGAAGGAUUCUACGGGGGAUCCGUCUCGCUAGCGGACCACUGUCCUUACAUUCAGGAGUUUACUUGGCGCAGCAAGAAUGUGAUAGUGCGGGGAUCCCACUGUCGCUUUACGGAGAAUAAUCCAAAGCCUGAGAAGAACUUUGCAUUGGAGAGCUAUGGCGAGGGAGCCAAGUGCUUCGAUCACAGCGAGUCCAUGUGGGAGGAGCGAUCCUGCCAACAGACUCGCGAGUGGCAGCACUGGGGCAGUGGGUGCUACAAGUACGACUGCUUUGAUGGGCGGCUACACAUCCUGGUGGGAAACUACAGCUACAAGUGCUCCUUUCCCGGACAGAAGCUUUCCAUUCGAAUCGAGGCUAACGGAUGGCUGCACAAGGGGGCGAUCAUGUGUCCAUCGUGCCACGAACUGUGCGGAUCCCAGUUCGCCGCCCAGGGUAAACAGUGUCGUCCGGGCGAGGAGGCAGACCCGCUCAACAAGUACCCGCGCGACAACCUCGCUUGUGGAGCGGGCAGCGAGGUCUCACGUUCCGUGGCCAUAAUCACCGCUGCUCUCCUGCAUUUCGUCUUGCGGUGGGGAUUAAGUUAGGCUUGCCAAGAUGCAGGGUGCAGUUUUACUUGCUUUAUAUGUAUUUAGUGAAAUUUGUACAUUUUAGCUGUAUGAUAUAAGCUCAAAUUAUCUAAAAGUAGGCCGAUUGUAUGUAAGUGUAAUACUCCGAACAUUUGAGUGGGUCAAUUUUUUGCAAAGAAAUUUAGAUGCGAAUGUAGUGUUUGGACAAUUUUGAACUAUUUCAUCAGACCUAUAGAACGUUUUCAAAGUAUUUAAAUGUUUUCUCCUUUAUUCUCUUAGUGUUAAAAAAUAGUGCUCAAAUAUUGGAUAGCUAAAUCCCCAAAUAUUGUCCUUAUAUUACUUUUUGUAUCUUUAGUUUUUUAUCUUUGCUCAUUCGCACAAAUUGACCCAUCCUAGCAAAUAUAUAGAUUUUUAAGCGUAAUUAUAUUUUGUCCAUCAGAAAAUGUGAUCUUUUUUAAGUAUGUAUUCGGAUUUUCUCUUCACUUCGACGUGGAGUCUCCGAAGACAGUUCUAUUUUUCUUAAAUACUGAUCUGUACAUUCCAAAGCCUAUUGCAAACAAUAUUUGAUAUUCGGAACGGAGGCAUUUGGCAGUUCCACUUGCGUUGUUAAAUUCUUUGUUAUUUAUUAUGAAUAUGGUUUUCAAAAUUCGUUUAUUGCCUUGUGAUUUAUCUAUUCGAUUAGUUUCGCCUAAGUUCAAUAUGUUUCUCUAAUUCAGCUGCCUAUCAAGCAUUUAAGAUUUGUAAACUCAACCCUCGAUUUGUAAUCUAGGUUCUAAGCACCUAAACUUGAAUUGUGAAUAAACCAAGAGACCCUUGUAAUCGCAA